UACCAGCAGUGCGCUGGUGGUGAUUGAGCUCUUUUGCCCCAGUAGCCUACAUUAAGUUAGUUAAGGUUAUGUUCGUUUCUUGCGAAGUUGCAAUGGACCAGUCUAGCGUGCAGCCAUUCGUACGAUAUUACCAUCCAUGCAUCUUUAUGUCUUCCCCUGUUUUAAUGCUGGAUAGUGUCCAUGAAGCUCACUUCCUGGAGCAAGCAUAUCAGAGCAGUCUGCAGUCUGCUGGGUCGCCUGAGGACGAGCUCCAUGAUAUGGAAUUUACACGCGCAGACGAAAGUCGACAGCUGGUUUGAAUGCAUGCAUCGAUCUACGAGGCGUAUACCGUAAUAUUCCUCCUUGCAACAUAUAAAUUUUCUACUCUCCUCCAUCUAUUUAUUCCGAAUGUUUUUUUUACAUACGUAGUAGUUGUUGCAUCAGUCUCAGUGAUCGAGGUUGGGAAUCUAAAACAAGCUCGUACCGCCACUUUAAGGCUGAUGCAGCCCGGCAACCGCAACUUAAGCCCACAGUCCGCGCCAAGCCCGGUAACAUACGGUCACGGCAGCCACACACUCUAGCCCGAUUGGGCCAUCCAGCCCAGCGCUCGACUUCUUUCGCCGCCGCCAAAAACAUCUUUCGACUCCAGACAAGAGACAAGAGACAAGAGACAAGAGACAAGAGACAAGAGAACAAGAACACAUCUUGGGGAUCUUGAGCCCUUGACGACGGAGUAACAGCUUGUAACCUGGCGAACGCACCAACAAGGGCACAGGAAACGAAGAGAAGAAACUGCGCCGACCAACCACAUCAUAUCGUAUCGUAUCGCUAUUCUUCUCUCCCUCUCUCAAACUCGGGCCCCGUCCAGAUUUACGAAUCGACCGCCGCCCCAGAUCCGAUCACGUUCGGCGCUCUUCGUCUCCCACUGGACAACCCAACCGGCAAAACCCCCCGGAUCCGACGACCGCGAAAAGGACAUAUCAAAGUCCUGCAUGACAGAGUUCGUUGUGCAGAAAAUCCAGACGGCCCUUCUCCGAUCAACUGUGCUUCUGGUUCCUGGUGUUCCUGAGGCGUUUCAACCAGUCCAUCUCCAAAACCGCCAAAACCAAAUUUGAACGAUUCUGUCCAGAGGCCUGGAUCCAUUUCUUUUCUCCACAUCGCCCUCGUUUCCCUCCACCUUGAUUCUUCUUAACCCUUCUCCCCCCCUAGACAUCCUACUAGUCUCUCCCAAAUCCUAGACACCCGUGGACGCAACCCUUGCUCACCUGUGGGCGCGAGAUCGCCUGUUUCAAGCACCAGUACCCAGCCCUGGUGGGUUUGCGUUCACGCCUAAAAAAGAAAAGGCCCAUCUUACGUGCCAAUCUUCAAUUCUUUCCACCCCCCCAACCCCAAAUCCAAGAAAAAACCUCGAAAUCGUGGCGCCUGGCUUUCUCUUCCUUGUCUUCGAUCUCUCUUAAAACUACGGAUUACCUGGGCUAAGGAAGGUCCUGACUUAUCAUCAUUUUCGGUUUCCUUGUCCUCCAACAACUCCGUCCGUUGUCGCCUGUGUCUUAAUUUAUUCUCCUUUGGAUCGACAACCGCUUGGCGCCUCUACAUCAAACCCGUCAGUCAAAUCACCACGCUUUCCACCCACCCACCGUUUAUCCUAUCCUCAAACGCGUCAAGCUAUAAUUUUUAAUCUUUGGAUUGAUUCUCCCGUUGCAGGUUCCUGUCGUUCAUCCUCCCCCGGUUACUCUACCACCACUGCUGGUGGUACCUGAAGGUAUCGCUUAACUUAUUUCUCAACCUUGACUUAUUCUUCACAUUUGCGCUUCGGGAUCACAUCCGUCCUUAACUCUUGCGCUGGGGGGACAUCGGAUACCUGCCGUGGAGGCUGGUAUUUUUUCGCUGAUAUUAACUCUGUAUUUGUAUUUCACUGCUGUUGGGCGCAGCGGUUACACAUGUCACGAUGGCGUAUGCUGGCCUCACAUCGCAUCAUGUCAACUACUUGAUCUGGAGAUAUUUACAGGAAUCAGGCCACGGAGAUGCCGCGCUGAUGCUGCAGCGCGCCUGGAACCACAACCCCCAAGAUUUUCCAUUCGCAUCAUAUAUUAAGCCCCACGCCCUGAUAGUGCUAAUUCAGAAAGGGCUUCAGUACUAUGAUCUUGAGCAAUCAUUAGACCAGGCCGGGAAUGCAGUUUCCUUGAGUCCGGUAUCGUUCUUUGGUCCGGUUGCUAGCGACUUGCCCGCUCCGGCGCAGAAAACAGACCAUGGCGACGCCACAGAUGGCACUGCUACUAAAACCGAUAUCCGCGCAGCAUCCCCCAAACCAGCAACAGCCGGAACCGUCAAUGGGCAUGCGAAUGACGUUUCUACGACACCAACAUCUGGGAAGCCGCGGAAACCUACGAGUGUUAAGGACGGCGAUGUGUCCUUGAAUGCCGAUGCAACACCCAUGGAAAUUGACAAGCAGGAAGUUCCUCAAGAACAAGCCCUCCAAGCCAAAGCGUCGCCCUCUGUCGAGCCUGUUGUAGAUGCGGAUGGUGAUGUUGGAAUGCGAGGACAAAAUGAGCGGGAACCAUCCCCACCGAUUUUCACCUUAACAGUUGGUCAGAGCACUGGCGUUCAAAUAUCUCCUUCCAAGGCUGCCGAUUUGGGCCCGGAUACUACUCUUCUCGAUAUCGACGGUGAUAGCCAGAUAACCCAGACUCUAUGGCGGCCAGAUGAUCCAACAACGGUUACUGCAACAGGUGACACAUUUUGUGGCCUGUGGAAACUGUCAGGACCACGCACAUCAAGUGCGCCGACUCAUGAGCCUCUGGUCGAAACUAACGGGGAUGGAACAUGCGUUACCGCCUCAGGUUGGGAUUCUGCGGGCAAGAUGCUUGCAGUAGCUACCUACCAGGAUCCACUAAAUGGGAGCAUUACCAUGUAUGGGCAGGAUGGGACUGCAAUAGACCUGCUACCAGAUCUACCAAGGAUGGUGUCUGGACUAUACUGGGCUCCCCGAGGGCUGCGAAUGGCUGUCGUUUUAUCCGAUGGGCAGCGCUCUGAAUUCACGCUAUGGGACCAAGCGGUUCGGCCCGACGAGUUCCCAGUACCACAAGUAGUAGACGGGCUAGUCCAUGAAGUAUCGUGGUGCGGUGAUGAGGUGCUCUAUGCGUGUGGAGAUGGAUUGGUGAAUGAGUACCGUGCGGACACAGAUAUCCAACUUACCAAGACCUUUACGUCCACGGAUGGACAGAAACCGUGGACAUUCAUUGGCAGCGCCAUGGUAGCCGGGUCGUCAGUGGCCGUCACCGCCUCCAGCUCAACGACAAAAAUCUGGGUUCCCACCCACGACAUUAGCGUCAGCGACACCCACCAUGGGGAUAUAACAGCUCUCGAGCUCCGACCACAGCCGCAAUCUAGUCUUCUGCAAAAGAGCACAUCACUGCUAUUCGCUACCUCGUCCAUGGACGAUACGGUUAAGCUUUGGAAUAUAUAUGUGGAAUCUAAGCAGAUCCAGUGUGUGCACCGUCUAUACCUAGGCCCGUCGUCGCCGGCACUAUGCUCGAGAUUUUCACCGGACGGCUACGCCAUCGCUGCCGCGACGCAUGAUAAGCUUUUGAUUUGGAGCGUGGAGCGGGGUGGCGUGGCGUUAGCGAAAUGGACGGCCCCAAGGACUGAUGUGAUGAUGAAAAGCGAUGGGGAUCAUUCGGAUGGGGCGGGAAAUAAUAACAAUAGUAAUAGUAGCAGUAGUAAGAUGGAGGGUUUGGAGGAUUCUACAUUCUACCGCUCGUUAUCGUGGGAUUGUGACGGGAAGAAACUUGCCCUGGGAUUUGGGAAACAGCUGGCCAUCAUCAAUCUUCAACGAUGACAACCGUUUGCUUUGCCAGAAAUAUUUAUGCCUCCCCUACAUGUACAACGGGAAGGGAGGGCCCUUUAUGAAUGACAAAGCGUCUACGAAUCAUGUCUGGAUACUCUUUUUUGGCAUGAUCAUCUCUUGAAUGGUGCCGGACCUUUCACUUAUUCUUAUUCCCCCCUUACGACUGGAACAAACCGGAAUUUUUUCGAAGCCUGCAAAAAAUUAUCAGCUCGGCCGAUAAUUGCAGAUACUCCUGUCGAGCACGGGGUGGCCCUAUACCACCAUACCAUGCUAUGCAUACCGUAGCCCAAAACCCAAAACUCCUCUUCUCUUCGCUAACUCCGGCCCCCUGGUCCUCCACCAGGCAAACCGAACAAGCAUCCCAGGCGUGGCCCACCCAGUCUAUCUGCUCUUGAACGAAAGGCACCAUCUGCCACAGACGCUCAAGGAAUUCGAUCAACCGCCGCUCCCAUUUAACCUCUUAGCCACCCUCCGCUCCCUCAAGCGAGCCCUAAUCCUGAACCCUUCCUCGACCUCAUUCCAACCGCGCAGCCACGCACUAAUCCCAUCCAUUAGCCUAUCAGUAUCGUCGUUUCCAUCGCCGCCGAUCGUAUCCUCCAGCUUCCUCGUUUGAUUGCGAUGAUCCCACUCUCCGCCUCCCCUUCCUCCUACUAGGCCAGAGGGAGAAGAAGAAUACCCCGAAGACCAUGUAUAUUCUGAACUGCUGUCGACUUCGACAUCCACUGCAUCUCGCCGAUGUAGUUGCUUUUUCCAGCGCCGUAUCCAACCCUCCAGUCCACGCAUGGUACCCUUUAAACCUUCCAGUUCGAUUGCGUUCUCGAUCUUCUCUGCGCGCCUGUUUUGGCAGUUUUUUUUAUUCACAUUAUUUUUUGUGUUCUUUUAUAAGGCAGCUCGAUUCAACUUUUGAUUAUACCAGACAACAUUGAUACCCAAUGAUGAUUUCUCUUUUGGAUAUUAUCCAAAUGUUCCAUGUGAUUUUCUUUUGGGAAAGAAGUCAAAAUGAACGGGGCAGAUCAGGCAGGGGCAGCCAAGGGCUUGAGCUUGGACAUGUUCUUGGGAAUGAAAAAAAAAAACAAACUUACAGCUCAUCAAUCUCAUCCCCCAUCUCCAGAAUCCGCUGUGCGAGCUUUUCACACUUCACAGUAAACACAGCGUUCAGAUGUAGACAUUCAACCCGUCGCUGCUUGAGACAUCUGGUGACGUGUUGCAGAUCUCGCUUUAUGGUAUCUAGCUCGUGGUGGUCGACUGGCGCUUGGCUACUACUAGCCGCGGCGUUUCGGGAUUCGAUUUUGGGUGGUUCUGGUUCUGAUCCGGAAACUGACUGUGGUUGAGGAUUAUGGGAUGAUGAUACCGAUACAGCUAAUGCUGUGUUGUUGGAUUUUUCAUGCUCAUCUCCGCCACAGGCUGAGAUAGUAAAGGCGGGCGACUUGGUUAUCGUUACCCCUGCUUCGCUCUCUUCGUCUCUUUCCUCUUCGUUCCGUCUGGCAACCCCAGCCUCGUCGUCGUCAUCAUCAUCAUCAUCAUCAUCAUCAUCAUCAUCAUCAUCAUCGUCAUGAUGGGAAUCCAGCAGUAGACCCUCGAUACCGUCUAGAUAUCGGUUGAUAGCGAUUAAUUUUUGCGGCGACAUUGAUCGCGAUGAUGGCGUAUAUGGAUGUGUUUGGUUAUUGCUCUUCUUGUCAUUGGUGUCGUUGACAUUGUCACUGCCAUUGUUGCUGUUUAUAUUAUCGGAAUCGGCCAUCAAACGGGCAAGGCGCAUGAGGCGUUCUGUCAGUGUUGUUACUGUUAUCGUUGAUUUUUGAGGUGGGAAUGUCGUCGCGUUCAUUGACAUUGCCUUUGACAUUUUUGCCGUCGUCGUCGUCGUAUCUAGCGUCUGGGUAAUAUUUUCAGAAGAAGAGCAGUCCAGGUCGAUCGCGGAGUCGGUAAACGAGUUGUUAACGUUCAUGUUUGGGGAGUCCGUGGCUGAUGACGAUGAUGAUUCUGUUGCUGUUGCUGUUGCUGUUGUUGCUGGUAUCACCGUUCUUGUUGUCGUCGACAUCGCACCACGCCCACUUGAGUGGUGUGAAUGAUUAGGAGGUGUCGACAUUUGAGAAUUUACCCUUCCUCAAUGCAUAUAUUUUACUUUUCCUUCGUGUCGUUUCCUUGUAUUACUGUUAUUAUAUAUUUAUUAUCCGUUCUUUUCUUUUUUUUAUUUUGGCUAGGAUUUAUAUUUCUCGUUACGGGGGCGGCGGAAGGAAGGGUUUGGAUGUUAUUUUUCUUUUCUCCCCCUUCGCUUUGCUUGCUUGUUGUCGGUUUGUGUAUUGUAUUAUUGUUUGUAGAUAGAUACCUAAGGUAGACAUUGGGUUAUUACCGGUAUAAUAUAUUAUUUAUAUAUACAGAGUAUAGUUCGACCCGUUUGGAAGGGGACAAGCCGAGAGGGCCGCCUGGGGAUACUUUGUUUUUUCUCGGGGAUUUGGAGUCGGACGGGAAUAUUGAAUGAAAUCGUAUAAGCAUAUAAAGUCCUCAAUAUAAAAAAGGGCUGGUUUUCAGUAGAUUCCAAUUUUGAUCCCAAUUGAACCCAA